AUGAGAGAAGCCUCACAGCCCUCAUCUCAUCAGCCCUCAGCCUCCCAGCCCUCAGCCCAAGGCUCCCCAGCCUUCAUCACCCAGCCCUCAGCCCUCAUCUCCCCAGCAUUCAUCACCCAGCCCUCAUCACCCAGCCCUCAUCACCCAGCCUUCAUCACCCAGCCCUCAGCCCUCGGCUCCCCAGCCUUCAUCACCCAGCCCUCAUCACCCAGCCCUCAUCACCCAGCCCUCAUCACCCAGCCCUCAUCACUUAGCCUUCAUCACCCAGGCCUCAGCACUCGGCUCCCCAGCCUUCAUCACCCAGCCCUCAGCUCCCCAGCCUUCAUCACCCAGCCCUCAUCACCCAGCCCUCAUCACCCAGCCCUCAUCACCCAGCCCUCAUCACUUAGCCUUCAUCACCCAGGCCUCAGCACUCGGCUCCCCAGCCUUCAUCACCCAGCCCUCAGCUCCCCAGCCUUCAUCACCCAGCCCUCAUCACCCAGGCCUCAUCACCCAGCCCUCAUCACCCAGCCCUCAUCACCCAGCCCUCAGUCGUCGGCUCCCCAGCCUUCAUCACCAAGCCCUCAUCACCCAGCCCUCAUCACCCAGCCUUCAUCACCCAGCCUUCAUCACUCAGCCCUCAUCUCCCCAGCCUUCAUCACCCAGCCCUCAUCACCCAGCCUUCAUCACCCAGCCCUCAGCCCUCAUCUCCCCAGCCCUCAUCUCCCCAUCCCUCAUCACCCAGCCCUCAUCACCCAGCCUUCAUCACCCAGCCUUCAUCUCCCCAGCCCUCGGCUCCCCAGUCCUCAGCCUUCCAGCCCUCAGCCCUCGGCUCCCCAGUCCUCAGCCUCCCAGCCCUCAGCCAAUUUUUAG